AUGGCUGACACAAAGACAACCACAAAUAAUGUUAAUGUGCAGAUUACAUCCAUUAAACUCAAGGGGAAUUCCAAUUAUCUUCUUUGGGCACAAGCUGUCUGUGUCUACAUUAUGGCUAAGGACAAACUUAGCUAUAUUACUUCUGCUCCUCCGGCUCUAGACUCAAAGGACUACAGUACCUGGGUGAAGGAGAAUGCAAUUAUUCUGAUUUGGUUAUGGAACAACAUGGAACCUGAUAUUGCUGCCAGUGUCAUGUUUCACAUGACUGCGAAAGGAACUGACAAGUCACUUCAAGAGUACUACAGUGCUUUUAAGGGGAUUGUUGAAGAGUUGAAUGUAUUUCAGCCCCUUACUACUGACAUUGAAAAAUUGAAGGCUCAAUGGAAUGAGUUCUUUGUCUCAAAGUUUUUGGCUGGAUUGAGUCCAAGUUUGAAGGCCAUGAAGGGUCACCUACUGGCUGGUGAAUCUGUCUCCACACUAAAUGAUACUUACUCUAGGUUGCAGUGCAUUGCCUCUCCUAGUUCCAAACCAGACAAUACUCCUCCCAAGGAAAACUCAGCAUUCACUACUAGCGGAGGCCAUGGCAGAGAUCGUAAUUUAGGGGGAGGACGUGGUGCUGGUGGUCGUGGCUCAGGUGGGCAGCAUAUUGCCAAAGCUGCCUGGCAGUGUUCUUAUUGUGGGAAACUCAAUCACACUAUUGAGACAUGCUGGUCCAAGCAUGGGAAAAUAGAGUGGGCUCAACACUUGGCCAAUCAUGCAGCUCCUGAAGAUGGUACAAACAUAGUUUCAUCCAGUGAAAGUAAAUCAAGUUCAUCAGUCAUGGCAGAUUCCUCCACUACUCUUUGUGAUGAGGUUCAUCAGUUGGAGCCGCAUAAAGAGUCUAGAGUCAUCCACUUCCAGUACUGGGGCAUCCACUUCCACUGCCACACUGGCCUGCUUUUCUUUCCACCACUUCUACACCCUGGAUUAUUGAUUCCUGGGCUUCCGCUCACAUGA